UCUGCUUUUAUGAUGUUCCUUGCAUUGAGCUGUGAGUUGAAGUAGGCAAACACAGGUGAUGCUUCAGUUUAUAAGUCUUGCAGAGCUCAGCUGCCAGUAUCAGACACUGACAUGGCUGCCAUGAACCUGACGCACCUCUGGAUUUUCAUACUGUAUUUUGUUUUGCCUACAAGUGGCCGUGUUUUACGGGUUCAUAAGCGAGACUGGAUUGACAGCCCACCUGCAGCUGUUGCUGAGGGAGACGUGGAAUGCUUCUCUGAAUACAUGGAACUAUGGAUCCACAGGAUGAAAAUCGAGGGGUUGAGGCUAUGGCUUUCGACAAUUUUGCGGAUUCAAGUCACUCUUAUGUCCCUGGGCAGCCUAAACCAUCAGCUGUCUGCUUGUGGGUUUAGCCUCCAUAAAGAUCCUGACAGAAACUACAUCUUCAGAGUCAUGUACAGCGGAUGCUUUGUACAGUUAGAGCAUGGCCAUUAUGUGAUUGUGCUGAAUUUGAUGAAGAGAAUAAGCCGUUUUGGUGGCAGGAUGCAGAAUUAUGUAAUGAAAUGUCCUGAGAUGGCAGCACCACCCAACAGAGAACAUAUUCAGUGUGACCCUGAUUUCAUACAGGUUACCAGACAGAUCCCACUGGACAGCUGGAACAAUGAGCUCACUUGGUCUCUCGCUUUGAGAGGAAGCCUGGUGGUGGCGCUGGAAGACGCUAGUCUCAUUCAAGUCAAUGUUGACAUUCAGAAGCCAUACAUUACUGUUCAAGGCAGGAGGAAUGCAGUUCUCAGUCCUGUACAGGUACUACAGGCGGAGGGACAGUUUUUACCUCUGAAGCUGGUGAGUGGACAUUAUGCCUAUAGCAUGGAGGCUACUUGCCCAAAUGUGAUUCAGUACUCGUCUGAGGACACAGUACUACACAUAUACAAACGCCGCAUGGGUCUGACCAAGAGAGGAGGCUAUGACAACGAGACCCUGACAGUCAGCAGCGUGUCUGUCAACCAGACGGAUAUGUUCACCUGGUCUGAUACCCGCAGCUUCGUGCAGCUUAUUGUGCCCACCACCCUUAUUCAAAAAACAAAGAACUGCACUGAUAAAGAGGAUGCAAAUCUCCAACAGUCUUUUUUCAGAAUAGACAUUGUGCUCACUUUUAAGGAGACAAAUAACAAAAUGCUCUGGACUAUGGAGAACACAUCACCCUGCUCAGGCUCUGACGUUCCAUCAGUGGAGAUAAACUCUCAUUCUUCAGGAAUACUUAACCCGGCUAAGACAGAAAACACUGCCUCAAACCUCACAAGUCCUUACUCAGACGCCACAACUGGACCACUGCUCUCCACUGAGGCUUCCAGCAUGGAUCUCCAGACAUCAUUUCAGGCAAGAGAAGAAGGAUUUAGCAGCACAUUAAAAUCCAGCAAGGCUUUUCCAGCUACUAAGGUCCCCAGAGUGUCAUCAGUGUCUCCACAGAGCUCCAGGUCACCAGAAACCAACACAAUUGAAGUGCAAAACAGUACCAACUCCCUGUUAGCACACCCAGGUAAGCUAAUGAAGCAGAUAACCACUAGCACUCCGUAUCAAAACACGGAUGUUGUUGAGAGUUUUGUUCCAAUAGAGUCCACAUAUGUUACCAAUGAAGCAAACACGGAUGCAACAUCAACACUAAGAUUAGCCAGUUCUUCCUCUCCCUCUGAGCGAUCUGUGGACUUGGCUCAUGCUGGAGAAGCCACAUCAGACGGUCCAUCCAACUCUACUGCAGGCAACAGAACAAGUACAAGCACGCAGGAGUAUUAACAGCGCUGCACUGUUCACUAUAUUUCUCUCACCGUAAAAUUCAACACUAAUUACACACAUUUAAGUGGAGUCUUAUGACAUCAUCAUUGUCUUCAGAGACAUUUUGUCUUCAAAGGACACCGUUGCUGUAGUCGAAGAGGAUUACUAUGAUGAAGACAGCUUCAGACAUCACUUUAAAUCCUCAACCUGGCUUCCUAAAGCUCUAUCAAGUCGCUGUCCACCAUCCCUAUAUUCUUCUUAACCUGAUAUUGUAGACCACUCAGCAGACAAACAGCACAGAUUUACAACAGAA